GCGGCGUGAAAAAAGUAAAACUGCAGCGAAAUAUAUGAAAAACGCUGCUUAAAUGCUGCUAAAUUAAAAUUAAAACUGAAAUACACAAGUGCGAUUGAAAAACAGGCAAACUGGAGGCGCAUUUUAUGGCAAAAAUGGGCAAGUGGAUGACCCCUGAAGAGGAGGCACGCCAAAAGUUCAUCAUGCGCGAAAGGGAUCGCGAGCGAAAGCGCAUCAAACGUAUGAAUCCCGAAUAUCGGCAAAUGGAGCGGGAACGUGAUCGAUUUCGCAAGCAGACGCCAAGACCGAGUCUUAUGACCCCCGAGGAGGAAGCGCGUCACAAAUUCAUCAUGCGCGAAAGAGAUCGAGAGCGAAAGCGCAUUAAACGCCUGAACCCUGAAUAUCGACGAAUGGAGCGCGAACGCGAUAGAUUUCGCAAGAAGGCACGACGUGCUAACCUGACGCCCGAGGAGGAGUUGCGUCUUAAGAUGAUACAACGGGAACGAGAUCGCGAACGCAAGCGUAUUAAACGCCUGAACCCUGAAUAUCGGCGACUGGAACAGGAACGCGAUCGGGAUCGCAAAAAGGCGCGGCGCGCUAACGAGGCCUUUAGGCAGCUGGAGAAGCUACGUGAUAAAAUACGCAAGGAGCGCAAGAAGGGACUUCUAGUGACUGAUCCAACCCAAUUGCCGCCUGAAUUUGCGGCCAUUAUACCGCCAGUGCCUGUUGAGCCUGAGGUGAUUAUAUCGACGCCGCAGGUACAGCAACAACAAACACAACAGCCGCAGCAACAACCUCAGCAGUCGCAGCAGCAGCAACAACAACCACCAGCCACACAUAUUCAGCAGCAACAGCAGCAGCAGCAACAUCAACACCAACAGCUAGCAGCGCAGCAUCAGCGACGACGCAACAACAUGUCGCAUAUGGUGCAUGCGGCGGCCACAAUUUCGGGAGCAAUCAAUACCACCACAUUGACGCAGCUUCACGCAUCGUCGCCGGCGCACGCCACUUCGCAGCAUUUGCAGCAGCUGAAUAAGUUGCAGCAAUUAUACCCGCCACCCAGCUUUGCGCAUCCCGCCUUGCCCAUCGCCAGCGUCACACUCAUGCCUCAGCUUUGCCACCCCAUACUGCACCAGAAUCUGAGCGCCACACUGUAUGCGGCGCCACCAAAUGGUAUCAAGCAGGAAUAUGGCCAGGAGCCUAGUCUCGGGGUCACAACGUCUGCCUCGGCGGUGGCAGCCGCUCAGGCAGCAGCACUAGCGUCACUGCGACCGCAACAGCAGCCGAGUGAUGAGGCUGAAAUGGCGCUCAAUUUGGAGCCAGAGAUAAUAUUGCAGACGCCCGGUGAUGGGAAUCCUACGUCGCAGCAGCAGCAACAACAGCAGCAGCAACAGCACCACUUCAACGCCAGCCACGCGCACCAGCAGCAACAACAAGCACAACAGCAGCAGCCGCAACAGCAACAACAUCAUCUACAGCAACAUUGCAACAUGUUCCAGCAUAUGGCGCCCCAGGCGCACAUUCAGCACAUACGGCCAGCGCAUGCGCCGCCACUGCCGCCGCCACCGAUGCUAGCGUUGCCACCGCCAGCAACGCAUCAGCAACCGCCACAGCAGCAACAGCAAUUGCAGCAACAACAUGCGCAGCAGUGAGGUGCUAACCGGCACACCUAGAUUCUAAGCUCAUGUAGCCACACUUUAUAAGUUUUUUAUCCACCCAUACGCACACAGACUCACUCACUUAGAAACACACUCAUUAAUAGGUAUAUAUAGUUAUAUGUUCAUUGUGAAUCGAGCGUCAUUUGUAAAAUGUCGUUACGUGUUACUUGCAUUACGUUACACAACAUUAUGUGUUAGUGGGCUUCCUGUAAUAUUUUUAAAAUCUCAUUUUAUCGUUUCUGCAUUUCUGUUUAGCCUUUAGCCUGUUUAUUUUUAGUAGCUAAGUAAUAUAGGGGAUAUCCGUAUCCGUACAAUAUUUGCAAAUUUAAGAUAUGAUACAUGAAAUACAUGUAGGUUUAAAGUGUACGAGUAUACCUAUACAUGCAUAUAUACAGCAUAUAUAUGGCAAGCAGCAAAAUUAUACAUAUUACGAAUUUAUGCGCAAAAUACGAAACCAAUAUAGAAAACUAAAACCGAA